GAACGAGGACCGGGAGCGAGCGUGGAGGGCGUCCCGGGAGACCAAACUGGAGACCAUCCCAAACUGUGAAGCGUGCACCAAACCCACGCCGGAGGAGGUGCGGGGCUGGGCACAGUCCUUCGACAAGCUGAUGAAGAGCCCGGCGGGUCGCAAUGUCUUCCGGGAGUUCUUGCGGACUGAGUACAGCGAGGAGAACAUGCUCUUCUGGCUAGCGUGCGAGGAGCUCAAAAACGAGUGCAACAAGCAUACCAUCGACGAGAAGGCCAGGAUGAUCUACGAGGACUACAUCUCCAUCCUCUCGCCCAAAGAG